CCGGCGAGGAGCUCCGGCGGGACUUUAGUCCGCCCGUGGUGGUCACCCUCCUGCCGCCGUCGUCUCCGUCCACCGCCGUUAUCGUCGUUGACUCUCCCACCCUAGCGCUGGCCCAACCGCCAUCUUCCGCCACUGCGCAUCCCCCCUAGAGUUGGCAUCCCGCUGCCGGCCCUCUCUCUAUGGCCGGUGGUGAGCAACCGCCCCCGGCAACCCUGAACUCUUUAACCCUAUCCAUGGCGGAGCUGCCGGAGGCGAUGACGCGAGGAAGAUAGCGGCGCGUUUGGGCCGUCGCGGGCCGUGAUAGACCGAAUUGAGGCCGUUGAUCUCCUUUAUGCGGUGGAUCUUUAUGCUGUGUCCGUUUCGGCACCAUACCCGCCGCCGCCUCGUCCUGUUGAGACGCUUCGUAUAUACGGUCGCGCCGCCUCCGUCCACGACGUCCUCCAAACCGCACCCCUUGCCCCUUGGAUUUCCGUCAUCGCCGCCGCCGCCGCUGUCCAAAUCGGCGUCCUGAUCGGGCCUACCUGGAUUUGAUUAGUCGCCGGUAUGGAUGGAUGGCGGAUUCCCUUUCUGAUUAUUCGCAGGAAUCCCGAUCAAGCUAGGGCAGAGCAUCUGCAAAGUUCCAACCAGGAAAUUGGAGGUUCUGUUCUUGGCAACCAGACCCCGAGUGCUCCAUUCUUGGAGGAGACCAUGGCCCGGAAAAAGGUGACUACAGAGGAGGCCCAGAGGAUCAAGAAGACUCGUGAAAUCAAGCAAAGGAAAAACAGCCUUAAGGCAGAACAGGUCAGUGCCCCAAUCGAGGAAUAUGAUGUUUGUGCGAUUUGUGAUGAUGGUGGUUCUGUAACUUGCUGCGAUGGUGGUUGUGGAAGGUCUUUCCACCUAGAUGACGGUGAUGAGGAGGAACAUGCAGAUUGCAGAGAAAAACUUGGGCUAACUUUAGAACAGGCAAAGAUGAUUAUCGACAUGGAGGAAGGUUUUAUAUGCAAGAACUGCCAGUACAAGCAACAUCAGUGUUUCGCUUGUGGAUUGUUGGGAUCUUCUGAUGACACGUCAUCACAACCUGAGGUAUUCCAAUGUUCGCAUGACGAUUGUGCACACUUUUACCACCCUAAAUGUAUUGCUCAACUGCUAUACCCAAAUAGCGAAGAGGCCACACUUUUUGAGGUUGAAGUUGCUGCUGCUAGAGAGAAAUUCACUUGUCCUGUGCAUGAAUGUAUCGAGUGUAAGGGUGUAGAGAAUAAGAAUGAUAGGAGCAUGCAGUUUGCAGUCUGCAGACGCUGCCCAACUGUAUAUCACCGGAAGUGCUUGCCAAGUGAUAUCAUUUUCAAAUCAAGGAAAGGUCCCAAUGGUUCGCUGCAAAGGGCGUGGGACGACAUUCUUCCUGACCGAAUUUUAAUAUUCUGCAUGAAGCAUAAGCUGGUAAGGAAACUCCGAACACCCGAGAGGAACCAUAUCAUCUUUCCUGAAGCCAAUGAACUCCACAUGCCGAACACACCUGAAGGUGCACCCGUGGAACAAGAUGUGCCUGAGGAAAUCGAGGUGCACGACCAUCAGCCCUCUUCCGAGCAAACUAAGGCGCCUUCAUCGGCUACAAGUGACCAGAACCAGUGCUACUGUUCCAGUCCCCUCUCAUUCGCUCCAAGCUCCUCAUUCACGCAACCAUAUCCAGGCUCUUGCGGUUGGCUCGAUGACUGAUCAUACUCCAUACAACCUCUCUGUAUCUUGUCGACAGUAGACGACAGAAACCAGAAGUUUACAGGUCGUCCUCUGCAAAAUGCAUGUAGAUCGACAGUUUGUGUUGGUUAGAUACGACCAAACCUGAACUCUUUUGUCGUCAUUGGAAUCAUUUGGUUUCAUUUUGUAGCAUGCUGCACAUAACCGGUGGUUUGCAGGGAGGCAGUUCAAGUCCAGUGCAACAUAGCAUGUACCAUUAUCUCCUAUUUCAUUCCCGUCUCUUGCUCUCUCUGAAAUCAAUGGCUAAUAAGUUAAGGUUCUUUGUCACCAAA